AAAACAUAAAGCACUAAACUUUUGAAGUUGUAGCUACUUAAUCAAGUUAGCAUUAAAUGAUGCAUAAGAAAACUGGAGGGUUUGAUCCUUUUGAAACAAGAUUUCACGAGACAUCCAUGAUAACUUUUUCUUUGAAUUCAUCUUCAUCUGCCCAAAAAUCUACUUUACCUAAUGAUAAUAAGAAACAGUCAAGCACCCACAAAACUCUCUGUAGACUCUCUAUUUUUGAGGGAUUUUUUCUUCAUUUCAUUCCAUAUUUUGUCACCUUGAAACCCAAAAUCCUUUGUUUUUUCAUGAUCAAUACACUGAUCUGCCCAUGAUGAACAAGAUUUCAGCUUCUUUUUCUUGGUUAAUACCGUCCAUGUCGAAUCCACCUUACCAAACGUGCAAGAAAGCCUUUCUUUCUUCCAUAAUUGGAACCCAUGUUUGUGAAUCUGCUCGUGCAAUUCUUAAAAUCAAUUCACUCAUUCAGAAGAAAAACAACACGUUUUGAUCAUUGUGUGCUUUUGACAAACUUAGAUUUUCAAUGGCUACCUCGUGUUUUAAUCCGUUUCGGUUGCGAAAAUCUAAGAGUAAAACAUCUUCAACAUCAAUACCUUCCACUUCAAGAAACAACCAAUUAACUUCUGAAACUAACAAUAUGGAGAGAAAAAGAUUUGACAGUUUGGAAUCAUGGUCAAUGAUAUUGGAUUCAGAAAAUUUCGAAACGUGGGAAGAAUCUGAGGAUCAUGAGGAAUGGGCUGCUGAUCUUUCUCAGUUAUUUGUAGGCAAUAAAUUUGCAUCUGGAGCACACAGUAGGAUUUAUAGAGGGAUUUAUAAGCAAAGAGCAGUUGCUGUAAAAAUGGUGAGAAUUCCAACUCAUAAAGAAGAGACUAAAGCUUUGCUCGAACGUCAAUUCAAGUCUGAAGUUGCCCUUCUUUCACGUUUAUAUCAUCCCAACAUUGUGCAGUUUAUUGCUGCGUGUAAGAAGCCUCCCGUAUACUGUAUUAUCACCGAGUACAUGUCACAAGGGAAUUUAAGGAUGUAUCUCAACAAGAAAGAGCCAUACUCUCUUUCAAUCGAGACAAUUCUAAGAUUAGCCCUCGAUAUUUCACGAGGAAUGGAGUAUCUUCAUUCACAAGGGGUGAUACAUAGAGACCUCAAAUCGAACAACUUGCUUUUAAAUGACGAGAUGCGUGUUAAAGUUGCAGAUUUCGGUACUUCUUGUCUUGAAACACAGUGCAGAAAAACCAAAGGAAACAUGGGAACUUACCGUUGGAUGGCACCGGAGAUGAUCAAGGAGAAAAUUUGUACUCGGAAAGUCGACGUCUAUAGUUUUGGGAUCGUGCUGUGGGAACUUACGACGGCCUUGCUUCCUUUUCAGGGUAUGACUCCGGUGCAAGCUGCAUUUGCUGUAGCUGAUAAGAACGAGCGACCUCCAUUGCCAGCAAGUUGUCAACCUGCACUCGCACACCUUAUAAAGCGUUGUUGGGCGGCAAACCCCUCAAAGCGGCCAGAUUUCAGCGACAUCGUGUCUGCUUUGGAAAAAUAUGAUGAGUGUGUCAAGGAAGGACUCCCGCUUACUCUCCAUUCAGAGCUAGUGGCCCGAAAGGCCAUUCUUGAACGCUUAAAAGGUUGCAUAUCGAUACCUGUACAUGCCUAACAGUCUUCUUUUAUAGACGCAUACAUGGCCACUUUAUUGUAUUUUUGUUGUUUCCAUUUAGACUGGCCAAUUCAAAUUUGUUUAUAGUCAAUGUCUUCAUAGUUGUCUGAUAUAUGAUACUAUUUCAAUUAGUUCAGGUUGUCUGUAUUAAGUAGAACUCGAUCGAAUUUAUGAAAUGGAAAU